AUGGCUUCCGUCAGGUUUGCAGACAGCACCACCCCAACACACCACCGCUUCCCGAGCAUCGAACACAUCCCACGCCCUCAGAGCACCCACCUCGACCUCCGAUACCCUGCCCGCUACCUCACCCUCUCCCACGACACCCCGGCCGUCGUCGAUCUCAAGGCUGCCUCUCCCCCCCUCCGCACACCAGCUCAAACAGCCCCUCGUCCGUCCCUCCAAGCCCGCCCCCGCCGGCCGGCCGAGAACCCAGAGCCUCACCGAACCCUCCGCCAAGCUGCCCCCUCCUUCAAAACCCUCGUCGAAACUAUCGACGCUUUCCCCUGCCCGCUCGAGGACAAACUGACCCUGGUCGCCAAACUGCAUGCCGAAGUCGAAGCCGAAUUGACCCAGCUGAGCGAGCUCGCCGGCCCGCCGCUUGCCUCUACCUACCUUGAUUACGCGGACCGGAGCUCUGGCCAUUCGAGGAAGAAGAUCGAGGACACGGUCCGGUUCAUCAAGCAUGCCGACCGGAUCAAGGCCCAUGCGCUCCAACAGCUCAAGCAGGACAUCAGCCAUUCCCAGACACCCGCCCUCCAUCCCGCCCUCCCAGCUCACUCGCACCACCACCCCUCUCACCAAGCUCCUGCCGCUCAUAGCAGCAGCAGAUUGGCGCUCUUGAGCAGAGAACUACAUUGA